GGGAUUGGUGGUCCCGCCGCUGCGUCCUCACCAUGGCGGCGCCCGUGCAGCCCGCCGCGUCCUGGGCACCCGCCGGGGUCCCCUCGGCUGUCCCCGCUAUUCGGGCUGCAGCCACCUCCCCGCUCCGCGUGCGCCCUGGCGCCGCCCGACCCCGGCCUCCCUCUCCGCUGCGGUCAUGUAGGACAUGGUAAAUCAUGUGAAGAUGGGACUCUUGGUAUUUGUGCGCAAUCUGCUGCUAGCCCUCUGCCUCUUCCUGGUCCUGGGAUUCUUGUAUUAUUCUGCUUGGAAGCUGCACCUGCUCCAAUGGGAAGACUCCAAUUCAUUGCUUCUUUCCCUUGACUCCGCUGGACAAACCCUAGGCACAGAGUAUGAUCGGCUGGGUUUCCUUCUGAAGCUGGACUCUAAACUGCCUGCCGAGCUAGCCACCAAGUACGCAAACUUUUCAGAGGGCGCUUGCAAGCCCGGCUACGCUUCAGCCCUGAUGACUGCCAUCUUCCCCAGGUUCUCCAAGCCAGCACCCAUGUUUCUGGAUGACUCCUUUCGCAAGUGGGCUCGGAUCCGGGAGUUCGUGCCACCUUUUGGAAUCAAAGGUCAAGACAAUCUGAUCAAAGCCAUCUUGUCAGUCACCAAAGAGUACCGCCUGACCCCUGCCUUGGACAGCCUCCACUGCCGCCGCUGCAUCAUUGUAGGCAAUGGAGGGGUCCUUGCCAACAAGUCUCUGGGGUCACGGAUUGACGACUACGACAUUGUGGUCAGACUGAACUCAGCACCUGUGAAGGGCUUUGAGAAGGACGUGGGCAGCAAGACCACCCUGCGCAUCACCUACCCCGAGGGUGCCAUGCAGCGGCCUGAGCAGUAUGAACGAGACUCUCUCUUUGUCCUUGCUGGCUUCAAAUGGCAGGACUUCAAGUGGCUGAAGUACAUCGUCUACAAGGAGAGAGUGGCUAGUCGGUACUUCUUCCUUGGGGUGCAGGAGAUCAGAAGAUGAGCAAGAGUCAGGUGUAGGGCGGAUGCAUCGUGUGGGUGAGUGUGGGUGUUCGAGACAAGCAGCAACGGGAGCAUGGGGGAAUUAGCUCGCAGUGGUUCCGAGGGCUUGGGGGGUAAACUGAGGCAGCCACAUGUGAUAUAAGCUGGUUUGGAUUUGGGAAUAUCAUUCUGGCAGGGUAGCAUAGCUUGGGAAGCAGGGGCAGCCGUUCUGGGUACUCAAUUCUACGUGUGUUAAAUAAGCAACUGGAAUUCAGCAAUCAUUUUCAUGUGGCACAUAUGUUCUGUUCACUCUGUGGGGCUCUCGAGUGUUUAGCAGGCAUAGCAUGGGCCAGUUGUUAUGGGCAAUAACAAAUUGGGGACCCGAGGUGGCAGUAGUAGCUUUGGGAGAGAGACAUGGGUCUUUGGGAUAAGAUGUAAGAAGUAGGAGGCCAGAAAAGGAUGGGUGAGGGAUGAAGGAGAAUCUGAAGGGUACUCCCAAGUUUCUGGUUUGAAAGAUGGAUGGACAGUAGAGGAAAGGGGCAAGGGGGAGGAAAAGAUGUGGACAACAUAGAUGUCAAAUAAAUGCUAUUUCUGCGGCCAGAUUCUCAGAAGAUGUAAUCCCAAUGUCUGCCAUUUCUUUUCUGGGCCUGUAUCGGAUAUCACUUGGCUGAACCACUUUUGUAAACUUUUGGGAUGUUUCUGGCUUUUCACAUUCGUAAGUACGAGUGUAAUAAACAGGCUUGCAGCCUGGGGGUGUGGUAAUUGGCCGCGUGCUUGCCUAGCAUGAGGACGGCCCUGGGCUGACACUUAACCUUCUCUUACGUCCUUUGCCCAUUUCUGAGAUCUCGCUGAUUUAUUUUUCAUAAUUUUGGGGUUUUGUUUGUCUGUUGGAGCAAGGGUGUUGUUGCGACAGGGUCUUGCUGUAGGCUGACUACCCUUGAAGCCUAGGCCAUCCUUCUGCCUCAGCCUCACAACUGCUGAAUUACAAUAAUAUUGUCACCGUGCCUGGUCCUUCUCAUGAGAUUUUAAAACAAGGACCUCUUUAUUAUUUGUGACAAAUGUUUCUCCACAUUUUCGUCUCCCUCUUAAAUUUGCUUGUGUUGUUUUAAGAUUUGUUUAUUUCAAACUCUGUUUGUGUACUCUCUAUGUGUUUUCUGAAGAACAUGCCUAAGAAUGUUUGUGGAGUCGGGCCGGGGUGCGGCUUGGUCGUAGAGCAUUUGCUAGCAUGCUUGAGGCUCUGGAUUUGAUCCCCAGUGCUGGGGAGUCGAAAAUCUUUUUAGGGCCAGUGAGAUGAAUCAGCAGGUAAAGAUACUUGCACAUGGGGAUCUCUCCUGUCUGUUUUGUUUAUUUUGUUUUGUUUUUAACACACUUGUUUAGUGUGUGUGUGUGUGUGUGCGCGCACACACGUGUGUAUUUGUGUGGGCACAUGUGUGGAGGUCAAAGGACAAAUUGGUUCUCUCCUUCCACCAUGUGGGUUCUGGAAUCAAACUCAAGUAGCCAGCUGGGAAGCAAGCACCGUUACCCACAAAGCCAUCUCGCUGGCCCUGGGCCUCUUUUUCUUGUACCCAGUGAUGGUUUCCUCUUGGUGUGCUCAAUUCUUCUACUCUAAGUUUAGUUGAUUUUUUUUUGUGCCUCCUCAGCAAGUAACAAACUUGCUACUUUGGAGGCCCAUGGUAACCAUAGUAACCAUUCCGAGGAGGCUGCUUUACUGCUUGACUGCUUGGUCCAGGCACUACAGAGCCCUUAUUGUAAGGGUAGAGACGGGGAGCUUGUGAAAGAGUGGCUGAGGUGACCGACUUGGGGUCUAGACCAGGAAAGUCUAGGGCAUCUGAGGUCUUUGUGAGGCUGGGUGGCAAGAAGGGAGAGGCUAAAGAGGAGAGGCCCUGUGGCCCAGGGUCAGACAUUGGGAUAUCUUUCAGAGGCGAUGCCUCCACAUUUGGGACCAAGCUCUGUGAGAGAGAAUGAACUAUUCCAAACACAACCCUGAGCACCCAGUUCUGGUCGGACAGGACUGAGCUCUGAGUGUCGGUCCGCUGUCCUGUGACAGCUCAUGAAAUGUCUUUAUUUUCCAGGUCCACUUUAGCACAGUUGACUGAGAACCAGGAAAGACAGAAGAAGGAAAAGGAGCCGAGCUCCAGCAGAGCAGAUAGGCGAAUGAGGGCAGGCUUCUGGUGGGCUCCAGCCCCUAGUGGGGAGGUGGGACAACCAGGCCUGCGGGCCUUCCUUGUGUCCCAGGGACACCCUGCCCCUGCACUCGGGACAGAGCAGGACUCCUAACAGCACUCCACACUUUGUCCUCCGCCUCCAAGCUCUCGUGGCCAUUACUCACACACCUAUGCCUGGCACACAUCCCAUGAGCCCUCACAUACCAGAGCCUUCCUGUGUGCGCUGGUUUACACCCUUCCACUCAUGGCCCCUCUCCUCAUUGCUCAUUUCUCUGCAUACGUGUGGGUCCUCCCCAUUCAUCUGGACCCAUCCCCAGGUGCCCAGCUCCUGUCCUCUUACACCGUGUCUGUGC